UCUAGUCCCUUGGCUCUCCGUCUUUGUCUCAUACUGUAUAUGGUCAUGUAGGCUCAGCCCUGCUGUUUCUCUACAAACUGACACUCUCCCUCUGUGGGACGGUGGUUUAGGGGAACAAGUUUCUGAUGCUGCAGUUGAAUUCAAAGGACUUAGGCAUUUUUGGCCAAAGGUGAUAUCACACAAAAGGGCUAUGAGAAGAAGCGAUCCAAGCUGAUUGGAGCCUACUUCCCUCAAGUACCAGGAAUGGAUCCGUCCACGGGCCAGGAGAGAAGAACACCCGUCACCCCGUCCUCGUCCUCCCGCUACAACCGCCGGCGGUCCUCUGGAUCCAGAGACGAGCGCUACAGAUCAGAUGUGCACACGGAGGCGGUGCAGGCAGCCCUGGCAAAGCACAAAGAGAGGAAGAUGGCGGUGCCGAUGCCUUCGAAGCGGCGGUCGCUGGUGGUCCAGACCUCCAUGGAUGCCUACACACCGCCAGACACAUCCUCAGGCUCAGAGGGCGAGGGUCAGGGUGACGGUGAUGAAGAAGAAGAAGAAGGAGGAGAGGGCGAAGAAGAAGAGAAUGGAGGCGGCGGCGGAGGAACCUCAUCCAGCCGGGAGGGGAGCAUCAGCAUGGAGCACUGGAUCAGCCGGGCUAUCCACGGCACAUCCUCCACCACCACCACCUCCUCCACAGCCUCCUCCUCCUCUUCAUCCACCCGCAGUGGGGGUAGUGGGGCAGCCGGUGGCAGGCUGGCCGACAUCCUGACCCAACACGUCCACAUCUCCGCCCACCACCACCUUCGCCACCACCAUCACCACCGCCACCACAAGACCGAGAACCACUCUGCCCCUCCAGAUGUCACCGGUUACACCAACAACACUGCCAACACCACCGCCACCGAUGGAAUCCAGGUGGAGAGGGCCCCGGGUGCCGGCACGGCCACCCAGAGGCAGCCGCCCAAGUACGGCAACGCUGAGCUGAUGGAGACUGGAGACGGUGUGCCAGUAAGCAGCAGAGUUUCAGCCAAGAUUCAGCAGCUCGUCAACACUCUGAAGAGACCUAAGCGGCCGCCGCUAAGGGAGUUCUUUGUUGACGACUUCGAGGAGCUCCUGGAGGUCCAGCAGCCAGACCCCAACCAGCCCAAAGCAGAGGGAGCACAGAUGGUGGCCAUGCGGGGUGAGCAGCUCGGCGUGGUAACCAACUGGCCCCCAUCUCUGGAGGCAGCCCUGCAGAGGUGGGGCACCAUCUCCCCAAAGGCCCCCUGUCUCACCGCCAUGGACACCAACGGCAAGCCACUCUACGUGCUCACCUACGGUAAACUGUGGUCCAGAAGUGUGAAGGUGGCCUACAACCUGCUGCACAAACUGGGAACCAAACAGGAGCCGCUUGUCAAACCCGGAGACCGGGUGGCGCUGGUCUUCCCAAACAAUGACCCUGCUGCUUUCAUGACAGCUUUCUACGGCUGCCUGCUGGCUGAGGUCGUCCCUGUGCCAAUAGAAGUACCACUGACCAGAAAGGAUGCCGGCAGUCAGCAGAUUGGGUUUCUGUUGGGGAGCUGCGGGGUGACAGUGGCUCUGACCAGCGAUGCCUGCCACAAAGGCCUUCCCAAGAGUCCCACUGGAGAGAUCCAACAGUUCAAAGGCUGGCCCAAGGUGCUGUGGAUCGUCACCGAGUCCAAACACCUCUCCAAACCACCCCGCGACUGGUUCCCACAUAUCAAGGACGCCAACCAGGACAAUGCCUACAUCGAGUACAAGACGUGUAAGGACGGCAGCGUCCUGGGCGUGACGGUGAUGAGGGUGGCCAUGCUCGCCCACUGCCAGGCCCUCACACAGUCCUGCUCAUACACAGAAGCCGAGACCAUAGUGAAUGUAUUAGACUUCAAGAAGGAUGUCGGACUGUGGCACGCUGUCCUGACUUGUGUGAUGAACAUGAUGCAUGUCAUCAGUAUCCCCUACGCCCUCAUGAAGGUCAACCCUCUGUCCUGGAUUCAGAAAGUCUGCCAAUACAAAGCCAAGGUGGCGUGUGUGAAGUCGCGGGACAUGCACUGGGCUCUGGUGGCCCAUCGGGACCAGCGGGACAUCAACCUGACCUCCAUGCGCAUGCUGUUGGUGGCUGAUGGUUCAAAUCCCUGGUCGAUCUCGUCCUGUGACGCCUUCCUCAACGUCUUCCAGACUAAAGGUUUGAGACCAGAGGUCAUCUGUCCCUGCGCCAGCUCCCCAGAGGCACUGACGGUAGCCAUAAGAAGGCCGGUGGAGGAGGGCAGCACCCCCCCUGGGCGUGGCGUUUUGUCCAUGCAGGGUCUGAGUCACGGCGUGAUCCGGGUCGACUCGGAGGAGAAGCUGUCGGUCCUCACUCUACAGGAUGUUGGUGCCGUCAUGCCCGGAGCUGUGAUGUGUGUGGUGAAGCCAGAAGGCGUCCCUCAGCUCUGUAGAACCGAUGAGAUCGGUGAAUUGUGUGUUAGUACUGUCGCCACCGGGACCUCCUACUACGGCCUGGCCGGCAUGACCAAGAACACCUUCGAGGUCUUCCCGGUGUCCAACAACGGAGCUACCAUCAGUGAGUUUCCCUUCUCCAGGACCAGCCUGCUGGGUUUCAUCGGACCUGCAGGUCUGAUCUUUGUGGCAGGGAAGAUGGACGGUUUGAUGGUGGUGGGGGGGCGUCGGCACAACGCUGACGACAUUGUCGCCACGGCGCUCGCUGUAGAACCCAUGAAGUUUGUCUACAGGGGCAGGAUAGCGGUGUUCUCCAUCACGGUGCUUCACGACGAGAGGAUCGUGGUCGUGGCUGAGCAGCGGCCGGACUCCACCGAGGAAGACAGCUUCCAGUGGAUGAGCCGAGUUCUGCAGGCGAUAGAUGGGAUCCACCAGGUGGGGGUGUACUGCCUGGCUCUGGUGCCCUCCAACACUCUUCCCAAGACUCCCCUGGGUGGCAUCCACCUGUCAGAGACCAAGCAGCUCUUCCUGGAGGGGGCGCUGCACCCCUGCAACGUGCUCAUGUGUCCACACACCUGUGUCACCAACCUGCCCAAACCCCGGCAGAAACAGCCAGAGAUCGGUCCUGCGUCCGUGAUGGUCGGGAAUCUGGUGUCAGGGAAGAGGAUCGCCCAGGCCAGCGGCAGGGAUCUGGGGCAGAUCGAAGACAAUGACCAGGCAAGGAAGUUCCUCUUCCUUGCGGAGGUGUUACAGUGGAGAGCCCAGACCACUCCAGACCACGUCCUGUACACACUGCUCAACUCCAGAGGUACCAUAGCCAGCUCUCUGACUUGUGUUCAGCUGCAUAAGAGGGCAGAGAAGAUUGCUGCCAUGCUAGCUGAACGGGGCCACCUGCAGGACGGAGACCACGUCGCACUGGUCUACCCUCCAGGUAUCGACCUCAUCGUGGCGUUCUAUGGCUGCCUUUAUGCCGGCUGUGUACCAAUCACAGUGCGACCACCUCACCCGCAGAACAUCGCCACCACGCUGCCCACCGUCAAGAUGAUCGUAGAGGUGAGCCGGUCGGUGUGCGUGAUGACCACACAGCUCAUCUCAAAACUGCUGAAGUCUAAAGAAGCCUCGGCCACAGUGGACGUCCGGACCUGGCCCCCCGUCCUGGACACAGAUGAUUUGCCAAAGAAGAAACCUCCUCUGCUGUAUAAACCAUCCAACCCUGACACCCUGGCCUACCUGGACUUCAGCGUCUCCACCACCGGCAUGCUCGCUGGAGUCAAGAUGUCUCACACAGCCACCAGUGCCUUCUGUCGCUCCAUCAAGCUGCAGUGUGAGCUCUACCCCUCCAGAGAGGUCGCCAUCUGCCUGGACCCGUACUGUGGCCUGGGCUUCGUCCUCUGGUGCCUUUGCAGUGUGUACUCAGGUCACCAGUCCAUCCUGAUCCCUCCGUCCGAGCUGGAGGUGAACCCAGCUCUCUGGCUGUCUGCCGUCAGUCAGUACAAAGUCCGAGACACGUUCUGCUCCUACAGUGUCAUGGAGCUCUGCACCAAAGGCCUGGGCCUGCAGACCGACUCGCUGAAGUCUCGAGGACUGGACCUGUCGCGGGUGAGGACCUGUGUGGUUGUAGCGGAGGAGCGGCCCAGGAUAGCCCUAACACAGUCCUUCUCCAAGCUCUUCAAGGACCUGGGACUCCACCCUCGAGCUGUCAGCACCUCCUUCGGCUGCAGGGUCAACCUGGCAAUCUGUCUGCAGGGCACCUCAGGACCCGACCCCACGACUGUGUACGUUGAUAUGAGAGCGCUACGGCACGACAGGGUCAGAUUAGUGGAGCGGGGGUCACCGCACAGCCUGCCUCUGAUGGAGUCUGGGAAGAUCUUACCCGGGGUCCGAAUCAUCAUCGCCAACCCAGAGACCAAGGGACCAAUGGGAGAGUCACAUCUGGGAGAGAUCUGGGUGCACAGCGGCCACAACGCCAGCGGUUACUUCACCGUCUACGGGGACGAGGUGCUGCAGUCAGACCAUUUCAACUCCAGGCUCAGCUUCGGAGACACACAAACCAUCUGGGCUCGGACCGGGUACCUGGGCUUCCUGCGCAGGACCGAACUCACCGACGCCAGCGGAGAGCGGCAUGAUGCCCUGUACGUGGUUGGCGCUCUGGAGGAAGCUAUGGAGCUGAGAGGGAUGCGUUACCACCCCAUCGACAUCGAGACGUCCGUCAUCAGGACACACAAGAGCAUCACAGAGUGCGCUGUGUUCACAUGGACCAACCUGCUGGUGGUGGUGGUGGAGCUGGACGGCUCGGAGCAGGAGGCCCUGGACCUGGUCCCUCUAGUUACCAACGUGGUGCUGGAGGAGCACUACCUGAUCGUGGGCGUGGUGGUGGUAGUCGACAUCGGCGUCAUCCCCAUCAACUCCCGUGGCGAGAAGCAGCGCAUGCACCUGCGUGACGGUUUCCUGGCCGACCAACUGGACCCAAUCUACGUUGCCUACAACAUGUAGCGCCCCCUGGAGGUUGAUACAAAGGUGGAUGGAGGAAUGUUUAGGAGGAUGCAAAGACGGUCUGGUCCUGAUAAUGAAAAGAAAAACCAGUCUACGCUUAAGGCACAUGGAUAGAAUGUGGUUGACUUUUUUGCCCUGAAUUAUGUCUCUCAGGCUCAGUACGUCCACUCUCUCCCAGAAUCUAACAAGCCAAAGGCCAGUGUUAAGGCCACGGUUUCAGUUUGGAGGAGAUGGGAUUCCUACUCAGCCUGAGAGGACCUAAAGCCCUCAGUCCAGGGUAAAAAGUAGCACUGUUUACCUAAAAGUGGCAAUCGUGUGUCUCAGGCAGAGGAGGACAAUCGUAAAGAUUCUGGCCUUUGAAACUAUGUGUGGCUCGCACUAUGGUUAGUAUUUGCUGAAGUUGCUUUGAUUUACGUUUGCUUUUUAACGUCCUCAAAAAGAUGUAGGCUAUUUUUUUGAAAAGGAUAUUUACACAGAAAUGGGAGAAGGGAUAUUUACGUUUUUACGAUAUCAACAAUUACAAACAGCGAGAUAGGUUUUGAUAUGUGGACGGGGUCGAAGAGGGCGGAUGUGUCCAAGUUUAUGAGGAGGUACCAAACACUUUUCACCUUAGCUUUUUUUGUAUUCAGCAUUCUUUACGGAAAAGUCUGUCCCACUUUUCAUAAACAGCUGCAACCUUUAACUCUUUAUUUUUCCGUAAAAAAAUGCUUCGACUGAAGCGAAACAAUACAUAAAUCCAUAUCAUGUAAGUAUGUACAAAAAGAACCUGAUUUAAUUUAUUUUUUCUCUUUUAGAAGUAUAUGACGAGACGUUCAAGAAAGUUUUGCUCUUGAAUAUUUGCUACUAUUAAAAACAUUAUGUUGUCAAAAUCAAGCAUAUUAUGGAAAACAGAAAUAUAUGAUUAAUAGAUUAUAUGAAAACGGGAGUUAAAAGGAGUUGUCCCUAAUGGAUGCUUAUUGAGACGAUGCUUUUUAUCCACACUGUCUAAAGUUUCCAAAUGAAGAGUUCCAAGAACUGAAUAAACCACUUUUUAUUGGACUGAAGUCUGCAUUUGCUUUUCUUUCAAUGUCCUUAUGUUUUUUUUUUUCUAAAACAAUUUAUGCUAUAAAUGAGAACUAAUUUCUUUAAAUUACUAAUUGCAUGCUGAAUAAUUUAAUUGCCCCGAUAAUACACCAAAAAUUGCUUAAUUUGUCCUUUUCUUGUGAAGGACAGCAGCUUUAUAAUUUUUUUAAAAUAGAUUUUUGAUGAACUGCUGACAACUGCAAUAUUAGAGUCCUUAUAGAGUUUGUUCAA